GUGUAGUUUGAGCUCAACGAAAGGCUGUGAUAGAAGUCUGGUUAUUAACCAGAAAGGAUUGGUUAGAACACACAUUAACUUGGUGUUAAAGAGCAAACCUACAAUAACUGUGUCUGGUUGAGGUUGCUCCAUCUUACGUCGAAUAAAAACUGAAAACGUCGGAAUUUAAUCAUAAUGCCAAAUAUUAAGCUUCAAAGUAGCGAUGGAGAGAUCUUUGAGGUAGAUGUCGAAAUUGCCAAGGCAUCGGUGACGAUUAAAACGAUGCUCGAAGAUCUUGGUAUGGACGAGGACGACGAGGAAGUAGUGCCUCUACCCAAUGUGAAUUCAGCAAUCCUUCGAAAGGUUAUUCAGUGGGCCACGUACCAUAAGGAUGACCCUCCUCCACUUGAGGAGGACGAGACAAAAGAAAAGCGAACAGAUGAUAUUCCAUCAUGGGAUGCGGACUUCUUAAAAGUUGACCAAGGAACCUUGUUUGAGCUUAUCCUGGCUGCCAACUAUCUAGACAUAAAGGGUCUUUUGGAUGUGACAUGUAAAACCGUGGCAAAUAUGAUUAAAGGCAAGGCACCGGAAGAUAUUCGAAAGCAAUUCAAUAUCACCAGCGACUUCACGCCAUCUGAAGAAGAGCAGACGCUGUCUCCAUUUAGUAAAAUUCCCUUGAGCUGGCAGCACAUGACGCCGGAGAAAAGUUUCCACAUCAAAGAAAGAUAAAAUAAGUAUUCUAACCCAGAAGAGAACGAAAGAUUGAAUUAUUACAACUAAAACAGUUCAUCUAUUAUUUUAGUACAUGUACUCUAUGAAAGCAUCGUUCUUUUGACCAUCGCUAUACUAUGACAGAUGGACGUCACCGUUGCGGAAAGAAGCAAGUCUUGCAAAAAGGUCCCACCACAAAAAGCCUAGCUGUGACUUAUGUAGCUGCAUAUAGAACAAUUAGAACAAUAUAGUAAUGUUUGUUUGUUUUUUUUUUGCAUUCAUAAUUCGUGUUUUGCAUUAUUGGAUCAAUUUUAUCAGUAAUGCAAUGCUAAUAACAAUGCAUCAAUAAAGAAUUGAGCUAAAAUCG